UUUAAUAAAUUACAAGAUAGUUUAUGUUGCGAGAAAGGAUCGAGCGAAAACAGUUGAGAAACACUGAAGAUAGUGAUAGCGGUAGGAGGUGAACGUUGGGAUUUGGGCCACGCUUGUCAGUCGUCGUGAAAGCGAUUGUUGGCCGGGUGGAUUGUUGUGAUGAUCUGUUUGUUUAAACUCAUACAAUGUCCAACCUUUUACGAAGUCUGGUCUUCGGAGUGCUUGUUAGUCUCGCGAACACCAGCAUGCCUCAUCUCUGGUACGAAACCUUACCAGCGGUGGCCUUAGACUAUAAAGUUCAUAUCGAUGCUGGAAAAGAAGAUUGUUACUUUCAAUAUGUUAAUACAGGCGCUACUUUCUACGUAAAUUUUCAGGUGGUACGAGGUGGAGAUGGGAAAGCUGGUUUUGCGAUAAGAAAUCCAGAUGGAAUAAUAGUUCAUCCCUACCAGUGGGUUUCUAAUUCGGAUUACCAAGAUACAGUGCAGAAUGCUGGUUACUACAGUAUUUGUAUAGACAACCAAUUUUCUAGAUUUGCCUCAAAAUUAGUUAAUUUAUACAUCACAGUAAUCAGGUACGACGAAUGGGAUAGGUAUUCGAGAGAACUGGAAGAACUGAAUCUUUCCGUAGGGAACUUUACGUCGGCGCUAACUAAUGUUGAGAGAAACAUUAACGACAUACUUCAGACUCAACAUUUGAGUAGAAGUAGAGAAGCCAGAGAUCUAAAUUUAUUACUGGAUAACAAUUCUUAUGUCCAAACAUGGUCCAUCGCGCAAAUAAUCGUCAUAUUGGUAACGACAACGAUACAGGUAUAUUUUGUAAGGAAAUUAUUCGAAGUGAAGCCGUCUAAAUAUUCGAGAGCAGGUAUAUAAAGAGGAAAUUUCUUUCACGAUAAAAAAGUAACGUCAGAUUUGUUGGAUUUGUAAGUUAAAUAUGUAGCAUGCUCUCUUCUUGGAGAGUUACCUGUUGUUCUUUGAUCAAAGAAAUUCGCUGUAUUCUCAAAGAUAGGAUAAUAUUCCUUUUGUUAAUAAGAAACUGCGAAAACACUGCAUAAGACUGUCUCGUGUUUCGUACAUUUACGUAUGAAACAUUCCAUUGAUCACCUUAAAGUAUCCAUUCAUUUAUUUUCUUUUAUUCUCAGCUUUUUACUACGAAUGUACGGACUAUAUAUUUAUGGAUAAAUAAAACUAUUAAGGAACGUUUAUAAUUGCAUUUAUAUCAGGAUAAUAAAGAUUAACAUACUUUUUUUA